CCUUCCAUUCCCAUCCGCCACUUGCAGCCUUACCGCACCUUCUUCCUGUUGCCAGCAUUUGGUACAAGCCUUAGAGGUGGGGAAAUGGCCAGCUUACCUGAGACUGCCGGAGAGGGGAAGACCCUCCCCGACGCGUGGGACUUCAAGGGCCGCCCCGCCGUCAAGUCCCGAACCGGCGGCUGGUCUUGCGCUGCCACCAUAUUAGGGGUGGAGCUGUGCGAGAGAUUGACGACGCUGGGCAUUGCGGUGAACCUGGUGACGUACCUGACCGGUACCAUGCACCUCGGCAGCGCCGCAUCUGCCAACAUCGUCACCAACUUCUUGGGCACCUCCUUCAUGCUCUGCCUCCUCGGUGGCUUCAUCGCCGACACCUACCUCGGCCGGUACCUCACCAUUGCCAUCUUCACCGCUGUCCAAGCCUCUGGGGUGACCAUCUUAACCAUAUCGACGGCGGCGCCGGGGUUGAGGCCGCCGGCUUGCGACGGCUCCUACUCCGGUGGUUGUGUGCGGGCGAGCGGUCUGCAGCUGGGGGUGCUCUACCUGGGACUCUACCUGACGGCCCUUGGGACGGGCGGGCUCAAGUCCAGCGUCUCUGGGUUCGGCUCCGACCAGUUCGACGAGACCGACGGAGCCGAGAAGAAGCAGAUGACCAAGUUCUUCAGCUGGUUCUUCUUCUUCAUAAGUCUCGGCUCGCUGAUGGCGGUGACGGUGCUGGUCUACAUCCAGGACAACCUCGGGCGCCCGUGGGGCUACGGCAUCUGCGCCGUGGCCAUCGUGUUCGGCCUGGUCGUGUUAUUGUCGGGCACCAGAAGGUACCGUUUCAAGAGGCUGGUGGGGAGCCCUCUGACCCAGGUCGCCGUCGUCGUUGCCAGCUCGUGGCGGAAGAGGCGCCUCGCCUUGCCGGCGGACCCGUCCAUGCUCUAUGACCUCGACUCCAACGUAGGCGGGGCAGAGAACAACAAGAAGAAGCAGAAGUUGCUUCACAGCAAGCAGUUCCGUUUCUUGGACCGGGCGGCCAUUGUGGAAGACGACGCUACCACGGAACAGAGCAAGCGGCGGCUGUCCACCUUGACGGACGUGGAGGAGGUGAAGCAAGUGAUCCGGAUGCUCCCCACCUGGGCCACCACCAUCAUGUUCUGGACCGUCUACGCCCAGAUGACCACCUUCUCCGUGUCACAGGCCACCACCAUGGACCGCCGCAUCGGCCCUUCCUUCGAGAUCCCCGCCGGCUCCCUUACCGUCUUCUUCGUCGGUUCCAUCCUCCUCACCGUCCCCGUCUACGACCGUCUCGUCGUCCCCGCCGCCCGCCGCGUCACCGGGAACCCACACGGCCUCACUCCCCUGCAGCGCAUCGCCGUCGGUCUCGCACUCUCCAUCCUCGCCAUGUGCGCCGCCGCGCUCACCGAGCGCAAGCGCCUCGCCGCCGCCUGGACUGACCCGACCGACACCGCCGGCGUCGUGCCCCUCAGCGUCUUCUGGCUCAUCCCCCAGUUCUUUCUGGUGGGGGCGGGCGAGGCGUUCACCUACAUCGGUCAGCUGGACUUCUUCCUGAGGGAGUGCCCCAAGGGCAUGAAGACCAUGAGCACCGGGCUGUUCCUCAGCACGCUCUCGCUCGGCUUCUUCGUGAGCUCGGCACUGGUCACCAUCGUCCACAAGGUGACCGGAGAGAGCGGCAAGGGGGCGUGGCUGCCAGACGACCUCAACAAAGGGAAGCUCUACGACUUCUACUGGCUCCUGGCGGUCCUGAGCACGUUGAACCUGGUAGUAUUCGUGGUGGCGGCGGCAAGGGGUUACGUCUACAAGGAGAAAAGGACGGCCGACGACAGCGUCGACGGGAUGGAGCUGGAGGAGGAGGGCUGCUGCCAUGCAUGAGCUUGCAGAUCUCGAUCCUUUUUCUUUGUUUCAAGUAGAAGUCACCGUAGGAUCACAUUACCUCCAUAACUACGAGUCGCUUUUGGUGUAUCAGAAGGUCCACUGUGCAAAAUGGACGUCCUUGCGAGAAUGUCACAGUGAAUUAUAUGAUGUUUGUUUCACGAAGCUAUCUAUUUCCUCUGUAUACAAUGUAAUGGGCCGAAGGUCAUCAUCAUGUCUAACUAGGUUUUCCUCUAGCUUGACACCAAACAUCUAUGUUUAUGUGAAUCUUUCACCUUUCUGAAAUACUACAAAUACUCUUCUGCCAA